AUGACAAAGGCUACUGGACUUGGAUGGGAUCCUGUUAAGAACACUAUAACAGCUAGUGAAGAGCAGUGGGCUGACCUGAUCAAGGUCCAUAAGGAUAUUAGACGUUUUCGAAAAGGUCCCCCGGACAACUUGGAAUGGCUAGAGAAAAUGUUCCAAAAGGCUAGUGUGACUGGCAAAUCUUCGGUGAUGCCCGGAGCUGAAGAAGAUGACAUUGUAGAACGCCAAGACGUCGAUGGUAUUGUUGGCUUGGAGAUGAGUUCAUCAACAGAGGCUGAGAGUGACUCAAGUGACUCAAGUGAUGGAGAUAUUAAUGUUGCUGCCGAGAAGAGGAAGUUAAGGAAAAAGAGACGCAACCGGAAUGUGACUGUUCUUUUUGGUUUCUACCUGCAUGCUAGAAAAUAUCUUAACAAAAGGAAGAGGAGGGAGCAUAGGUGCACCGGUCAGCAGUGGGCCUAUGAUACUUUGGGCUCUACAGAAGACUGUUAUGAAAUGUAUAGGAUGACCAGGCCUUGUUUUGAUGCUUUGCAUGACAGGCUGGUAGAACAUUAUGGUUUGAAGGGGACAAAGUUUAUGUUUUUUGAAGAGGCUCUUGCAAUGUUUCUAUGGACUGUUGGUGGCCCCCAAUCUGUGAGCCAAGUGCACAAUCGCUUCCAUAGAUCAAGUGACACCAUCCACAGGAAGUUCAACCAUGUGUUGGCAUGCUUGAAUAGAAUGGCAGGAGACAUCAUAAGGCCCUUCGAUCGCAAAUUCAGAACCAUGCAUGACAGGCUUCGUGACUCUAGGUUUUAUCCACACUUCAACAAUUGCAUUGGUGCAAUCGAUGGUACACAUAUACUAGUUGUUGUGCCAGCUGAUAAGAUGAUUAACCAUGUUGGUCGCCAUGGGUAUGCCACUGAGAAUGUCAUGGCAGUAUGUGACUUCGACAUGCGAUUCACCUCUAUAGUAACCGGGUGGCUAGGUUCUGCACAUGACACAAGGAUAUUCAGAGACACACUUGACAAGUACGAGAAGAGAUUUCCACACCCUCCAGCAGGCAAAUAUUAUCUUGUCGAUUCUGGCUAUCCCAAUGACACCGGCUAUCUCGCACCAUACAGAGGACAAAAAUAUCAUCUACUUGAGUUCCGCAUGGGCCGACCACCAAGUGGUAAACAAGAGUUGUUCAACUUUGCUCAUUCCUCACUUGCGUAA